UUUCCAUGUUACAGCUCUUCAAAGAGUCAAGCAAGAAGAAUAAACAACUCCAAAGUAGCACAUGCUACCUACUCUGUGAUGAACAGACCAUUCAUUUGAAGUGUAACACCUUGCAGCUGAGAAGCCAUGAGUGAGCUAUUCCUCCUGAAAUGGAAUAACCACCAUCCGAACCUGGUGGACGUCUUCGACCAGCUGCUCAAGCGGGGGGCGUUCAUCGAUGUCACGUUGUCCUGCAGUGGACGCAACUUCCAGGCCCAUCGGGUCGUCCUCUCGGCAUGCUCCACUUACUUCCAGGAGCUCCUAAUGAACACCCCGUGCAAACAUCCUGUGAUAUUCCUGCGCGACGUGAGUUGCGUCGAGAUGGAAUCUCUGUUGACGUUCAUGUACAAAGGUGAAGUGAACAUUGCUCAGGAGAACCUGUCCUCGCUGCUACGGCUCGCCCAGGCCCUGCAGAUCAAGGGCCUCACUGAUGUAGGAGAUUCUUCACCUCGGAACCAUCCUUCCAGUCCCCGAGAAGAUUCCUUCGAGGGAUAUCCAUCUCUGCAAGACCCAGCUCGAUUCAUGGGGAAUUACAAUGAUGUUAAUGAAGUUCCCCGCAUGUUGAAUGACUCUGGUAUCAUGGUGAAUCCAUCACCUUUUCCAAAGCCCGGGCGACGAAGCCGCAAGCGACACAUGCCAAGGUUCUCAGUGAAGGAGUAUCUGAGUGCUGCUGUUUCAUCUGAGCCUGUCUUCGAAGUGACACCCACUAAUGAGGCUCAACCAGAUGAGAAGAAGAUCUUAGUGGAGGAGGAUGGAAACAAACCUGAGGAUGACAGUGGCCUGGAACCAGAUCAUGAAGGAGACAAAGAUCUUGAUGCUGCUGGCAAUGCUUUGACUGAUGGUGUGAAAUCAGAGGGUUCAGGAGAGGAGAAGGAUAUGGACAUGGAUGCUGGUGGAGGAACAGAUGAGGGCAGGAUGAGUGAAACUACCGGUGGAGACAACGAAGAUGAGUCUUCCAAUCCAGGCACCAACGAGGAAGAGACCAAUGACGGAGAUGUUCCCGGCUACCCGCUGAGUUUGGCUGGGUCAGUGACGAACUCCCCGGCCCCAUUCAGAUGCCCCCUGUGUCCAUCGGUCCUCAGCAGCUCCUCGUCCUACGGACGGCACCUGAAGAAGCACGGGGCCCAGGCCGGAUGCGUCCCACUCUACCGCUGCGAUGCCUGCAACUACUACUGCUACCGGAAGGAUAACUUUGAGAAACACUUUGCUUCUCAGAAACACCAGAAACUGGCUUCCAAGACACUUCCCUAAGUAACCACAUAUGAGGUCUUCCCCAAAAGAAUGUUCGAGCAAAGAAUUCUAUUUAUUGUCUAUUUUUCUAUGAUCUAUUUUGUAGAUACCAAGGAUCUGUUGAGGGCAGCUUUAACUAAACUGAGAUUUGUUGAAAAGGAGAAAUGACAGAAUAAUUUAUUGCUUUAUUCCAUGUAGAGUGAAAAAAAAAAUCGCUAUCCUAUUUAUCAGCGGUGAUAAGCAUGCAUUAUAGAUUCCAGUCUGAUGACUCAGCUUCAAUCAUUCCAAGAUCAUUGUGGCUUUGUUUUCUCUCCCCCACCCCCCUCCCCCAAAUCAUUUAUCAUUGCUUCAAGUGGGGACCAUCUCUGCACAAACU